CAAGCCACAUAAGAGGUGAAAAGGUUCGGUGAAAUACUCCUAAAAUGAUAUAUAGCAUCCCUCUUCUCAUGACUUUAUUUGUUUAAUAAUACUAUAAUGACCACAAUUUUUUACCAUAUUAGGUUUUACCAUCUCAUGUGUUACAACUUCAUUGCAAACAAACAUCUCAUCUAUUACAGCUGCAUUGCAAAACAUACAUGAGUGGUGGAAGUAUGUUUCCAAUGCAGUUGUGAAACGUGAGGUGAAAAACAAAAUGUGAAAAGAAAUUUGUGGUCAGUCUAGAAUUAUUGAUAUUUGUUUUUUGUAUUCUUUGUGAGGCGAUUACCUGAUGUUCAUGUACUCGCGAAGGUAUGCCUAACUUUCUACAUCACAUCUCCACAUCUGAAAACCAUCAAGUGUUUUUUGGGUGCAAACUAAAGAACUGCUCCAUGUUUCCCAAAGAACAGAUCUUCUUACUUCUAAUCAGCUUUUGGCAUUCCUUAUAAAGCAAGAAAUGCAUCUGCUGCCGCCAUCCAUCAAAAACUGAUAACCAGUACUCUCUCUCUCUCUAUUUCUCUCUCUAUACAUUAUUAAGUUCAACAUGGUCCAUAUUUGUAGCUGAUUGUUAUACAACAUUUCAUCUAAUUUUCAUCAAUAAUAAGUUUUGAUCACUUUAUAAGAUGUAUGUUUGGAUCUGGCAGAGUAAACCAGAGACAAAACCCUAGGAUAAUUCAAUAAGAAGAGAUGGGAAGAGGAAAAAUUGUCAUCAGAAGAAUCGAUAAUUCAACGAGCAGGCAAGUGACUUUCUCAAAGCGCAGAAAUGGAUUGCUUAAGAAAGCCAAGGAACUAUCAAUUCUUUGUGAUGCCGAAGUUGGAGUGAUUGUCAUCUCCAGUACUGGAAGGCUCUAUGAAUUUGCAAGCCCUAGCAUGAGAUCAAUAUUUCAACGAUACAACAAUGAGCAGGAGAAUCAUCAGCUUUUGAGUCCUACUUCAGAAGCCAAGGUAUUCUUUCAUGAGCAACUCACCUAUUACCCUGCAAGCUUCCUGCAUUAG